AUGUUUUCAAUUAUGUUUAAAAUUCAGAUGAUUUUGUUUAUGUUUACCUUAUAUAUAAACGUAUCAAAUUGUUUUAUGGAUAAUCAGCCGAACGAAAUAUCAAAUUCAUUGGAUUACUAUGACGAAAAACAACCGGAACCUUCUGGAAUAUUUCCAUUUCGAGAUGGAAAUUUACGAUGGUUUUUACAUUCUCCAGUUUCAUCACAAUCAAAACAAGAUUCCACAUACGAUUCUUCUUUCUUAUUCUCUCAACCAUUUCGUCAAAAUAAUUAUUAA